CUGACUGUUGCGGCGUUCAGUCGACCGAUUGUCAGCGGACGAGUAACAGCGACAGCAUACGAAGCCAACGAACUUCCGAUACCAUCGUUGCGCGUUCUUCGUCUUAUAUUCCGCCAACGCACCGAUCGGAUGGUCCGACGCACCCACCUGAAGGUACCGAUGAAACGCGACGUCGCCCGGCACACUGGUUGCACGUAGAAGAAACACAUAAGCAAUCGGGAGCAGUACACGGUUACGAUCGUCUGCGCGCAACAUGCCGGACUUCGACUGCGGCGGAGAGUACGUGUCGGUGCGCAACUGCGCGGGCCAUUUCCAGCGGGUUUCCGGGUCGCAGCCGGCCAGGAAGUUGAGCGUCGUGUCGUUGCUGCCCAACAAGCUCAGACAGUUCGUCGAGGAGAGCGUGAGGCUAUGCCGGCCGUCAGAUGUAUACGUCUGCGAUGGAUCCGAAGCCGAGAACUCUAUGCUCAUCGAUCGGCUGCUGGAAAAUCGGACGAUCGUUGCACUGCCCAAAUACAAGAACUGCUUUUUGGCUAGGAGCAGUCCCAGGGACGUGGCCAGGGUGGAGAGCAGGACGUUCAUAUGCACCAGAGAACGGAGGGUCGCAGUGAACGUGCCUCGCGGAUCGGUCAAAGGACAACUGGGCAACUGGAUGAGCCCGGAAGACGCGGAUCGGGCGAUCGCCGAGCGGUUCCCAGGCUGCAUGCGUGGCAGGACGAUGUACGUGAUCCCUUUCAGCAUGGGCCCUCUGAACUCCCCGUACUCGAAGAUCGGCGUGCAACUCACCGAUUCACCGUACGUCGUGUGCUCGAUGCGAGUCAUGACCCGCAUGGGGACCCAAGUGCUCGAGAAACUCGACUCGCCCGAGGCCGACUGUUACUUCGUCAAGGCGCUGCACUCGGUCGGCACUCCAGCCGACGGACGCAUCGAGCACCCGCAUUGGCCUUGCGAUCCCGACCGCACCAUCAUCCUGCACAAACUCGAGACGGACGAGAUCGUCAGUUACGGCAGCGGAUAUGGCGGCAACUCGUUGCUGGGCAAGAAAUGUUUCGCCCUGCGGAUCGGCUCGUCGAUCGCGCGACGCGAAGGUUGGCUGGCCGAACACAUGCUGAUCUUGGGUGUGACGGAUCCAAAGGGACGGAAAAGGUACGUGGUAGCGGCGUUCCCGAGCUCUUGUGGCAAGACCAAUAUGGCCAUGAUGCAGCCCUCCUUGCCGGGCUACAAGGUGGAAUGCGUGGGCGAUGACAUCGUGUGGAUGCGUUUCGACAGAGACGGGCAGCUGCGUGCCAUCAACCCGGAGUUCGGGUUCUUCGGCGUGGCACCCGGUACGUCCAGGGCCACGAACCCGGUGGCCAUGGACACCGUGUUCGAGAACACGAUAUUCACCAACGUGGCACAGACCAGUGACGGCGGUGUCUAUUGGGAAGGCAUGGAAGCCCCAGAACCGGGGGUGACCAUCACCGAUUGGCAGGGCGAACCGUGGACCCCGGGCACCUCGCGACCGGCCGCGCAUCCCAACUCCAGGUUCUGUACACCGGCCGAACAGUGUCCGAUUAUCGACCCCCACUGGCAGUCCCCGGAAGGCGUGCCCAUCGACGCCAUUUUGUUCGGUGGAAGACGUCCGAAGGGUGUGCCCCUAGUGUACGAGGCGUUCGACUGGAAACACGGAGUGUUCGUCGGUGCUUCCAUGAAGUCGGAGACCACCGCCGCGGCCGAGCACAAGGGGAAGUCCAUCAUGCACGACCCGUUCGCCAUGCGGCCGUUCUUCGGCUACAACUUUGGACAUUACCUGCAGCACUGGCUGUCCAUGGAGACGGCGGUGCCCGGUCGCAAACUGCCUAAAGUGUACCACGUCAACUGGUUCCGAAAAGACGAUCAGGGUAAAUUUAUGUGGCCCGGAUACGGGGAGAACUCUCGAGUCUUGGACUGGAUACUUCGCAGGGUAGACGAUGAACCUGGAACCGCACGACCCACACCCAUCGGUUACGUUCCGACGCGGGAAACUUUCAACACCGAAGGUCUCCGAGUGGAUUUUGACGCACUCUUUUCGGUUUCCGUCGACUUUUGGAAGGAAGAGAUCGCUGAAGUGGCGAACUUCUUGAAUGAACAAUUAGCUGAAGACCUACCGAAAGACAUACAGGUUCAAAUCGAUAAAAUCUUCAGCCGUUUAAAUACUUAUCAAAUAUACUAACGCACUGAACUGUCCCAGCACUAUAUUAUAUACCGUCGACUAUUUUUAAUACAAUAUGUUCGUAUUAACUUUUUCAAAAGCGAUCGUUUUCGUUAUUG